AUGAAGCUUCGUAUUAUCAGAUUAUGGACACUGGAAGAUUACUAUAACAAAGACGAAAUUUUCUCCAUUCAACUUAUUUUAAUGGACGAACAGGGUAACAAGAUCCAAGGUCAUGUCCCCAAUACUUACAUUUACAAGUUUAGAAAUGUUCUAAAAGAAGGGGAAGCUUAUUUUAUCAAAAAUCCAAAUUUGGCAAAGAUGGAUGAAGGAAAAUUUCAACUAACUGAUCAAAUGCAAAGGCUCACCUUCAAUCGCGAGACUACUGUCACUCCAUGUCUCCAUUUUUUUGGAUCAGUUGUUGGGUUUGCUUUUAUUGACUAUCAUCCCAUUAUCGUCAGCAUUGUUCCACAAAACAUUUCAUUGGAUGUUAUCGGUUUGGUGGUCGCAAUUGGUAAAAUUGAUGCUCGAAAUGAAGAUAGAAAGAGGCAUAAGAUGAGACUACAGAUCCAAGAUGUCAAGGGUUCUCAAUUGGAUGUUAACCUAUGGGGAGAUUAUUGUUACACAUUGUCGGAUUACAUCCAAAAGAAUCCAAACAUUCUCCAGAUUGUCAUAAUCCUUCAGUUUGCAAAGAUUAAUGUCUGUUUGAAUCAAGACGGUCUCAAUGAAAACUCAUCCAGUACUUUCUCCUAUAUGAAAUUUAAUCGAAGUUCUGAAAAGGAUGAUUUUGUGCUUAAAAUGAGCCGAAAACAAUCGUUGAUAUUUUCGAACCGACUGAGAUAA